CGAAAGAAGUGGUGAAUUUAACUGAUUUUCAGAUCAAAUCUACUUCAUUACAAUAUGGACUUCUUGUCACUAUUUCCGUCCGAAAUUUCUGAUCUUAUUUUGGGAGAAUUAUACAGUGAAGACAUGCUUAAUGCCUCACUAGUUUCAAAGCAUUGGUACAAUUACAUAGCAAAUUCAAAGAGAUGUAUGAAGAGUGUUGCCAUAUAUUAUAAAGGUAAACUGGAUCAGGACAUAAAUCCAUUGCUAAAUAGCUGUCGACAGUACCAAUACAUGAGAUUUAUAUGCGAUGAAAAUGAGUUUAUAAAGCAUAGACGGAUUGAGAAUAUAUUCAGACUUAUUCUUAACAAAUUCUCAGACUCAAUAGUAAGCUUGCAGACAUCACACGACACAAAGCGUGUGUCACUUAAAAAAUUAAUGUUUUUUUCAAUGUCAUAUCGCCGAUAUGCUGUUAUCUAUCCCAACGGAAUCUUAUCGACAUCAAAAAUCAUCGAGAGACUAGUUAUUAAGUGUCAAUUGGAAAACAAGUCUAUUGAAGUUAUGAAAAAGCUCCUGCAAAAUAUGACAGAACUGAAAAUUUUAGGUGGAACUUUCUAUUACUUUAUGCCAAACUGGCAAGACUGGUUUAAUCAUCAAUUCAGUCUCAAGGAAGUCACCAACUACCCACCUCGGACGUAUAUUAAUGAAUUCUUACUUGAACAUCGCUCAACAAUCGAAAAAGUCAGAAUUAAGUCAACAGAAAAUCUGGAAUUUAUGCUGACAAGUUUUCCUCGAUUGCACACAAUAGUCAUCGAAUCAUUAACAACAGAACUAAGUCAUGACUUUCCUUUUAACGAAACUGUCACAACCUUAAUCAUUUCAAAUCCACCUGAACAAAGUCUUGAUUACACCAUAAUUCGCAUACUGUCCAAGCUUAAGAAUCUAAAAGUUAUAAAAUUGUUUUUAAUCACAUUUGAGGUCUUGUUGGCUAUAUACUCCUUACGUUCUACACUUAAAACAUUUUUCUUCGUCAAGACUGAGGAUACAGAAUUUAUGCGAUUCGGAUUAAGUGUCUUAGCUAAUCAUAUGAAUGUCCGACAGUUGCUUUACAAUGUUUAAAAUUUUGUAUACAGAAAAAAAAUAACGUUUUUAUAAUUAAAUA